UCAUUUGUGUUGUUAACUGUUGAGUUGUCAAAGCUCAGUCAAAGGAAGCAGAAGGAUUUAAUUAGGCUCUAAAAUCAUUAAUUACGUAUUGGAAAUGCAUUAAUAUUAGAAUUAUACAUAAACUAUUAGAUCAGUAGAGAAAAAAAAUAGUUAUGUAAGACGUAACAUUUACAACCUUCAGUGGCGUGCUGUUAUCGAUUCUUCUGUUUAAAAUAUUAGAUAUAUGUUAUUGUUCGUGUAUUAAAUUAAUUUCGCGUCUGUAUGUAAAAUAAAUAAAUAAAGUCGUUUUAAACAACAAUGGACGGAAGCAAUGAUUCUUUAUCGAUGUUGUCUCCGCCUAUUGGCGGGUCGUCAGCCGUACUUUUGACUCCGGGUCGCACGAGGAACAUCGCUCAGGAUAUGGAAGCCCUCCGUUUAUCGAGACAAGAUAAUCCAUAUUUGCAGCAAGUGAUGGCUAGCAGAGAGAGCCUGAUUGAAAGUCACCACGAUGAGUGUGAAUCGGAUGAUACCAUAUUGAUGUCUCAGGAGUUCGGCAGCACAGCGUUAGAUUUCGUCGAAGACGACAUAUUGACUUUGAAGGAGGUUCAUGAGCAUAUGAUCCGAUCACCACCACCGACCAGUUGCUGGCCACACGACACACUGUCGUACCGAACGUCGAGCGCAUUCGACUUCGCUGCGGACAGCCCCGUCUAUAGCGCUUACUCGGUCAAUCAGGAAAAGGACGCAUCAGGUCGUUCACCCCGCCGCGGCACGAGAGCUGACGACUCUAGAAGCAACACGCCGGCUAGGCCUCGUUCUUCCAGAUCCGCGUCACCUAGAUCCCACGAUCUGUCGCUUUGCGGACGACCCUUGUCGUUGCCCGGUGAGAGCCACCUUCGGUCGGCGCUAAGCAAGAAAGCGAACCAGACGAGCGAUCGGUUCUCGCUGCUGCAGCACCCGCGCCCCCUGCGGCGACCCCACUCCAGGCGCGACGAGGACAGCGAGCAGCUCGUGCAGGACUACGACAAGUGAAACCGCGUGGGGCCGCUGUGCAAGCGGACGUGGGACGAACGAAAUAUCAGUGCCUCUUCGUAUAUACGUGAUCCAGGUCAUCUUUCGUUUGGUGGAGCCGUGGCGUCGCCGCGGACGAGAAAAGGCACGUGCAGUUUGAUUUCGUGUUUUUUAUUAAUUUUAUUAAUGAUACGCCACUCCCACUUGUUUUUUUUUUCAAGUAUGGCUUCUGACAUUGACUUCUUGCGACGCCAUUGUUGCCAAUAUCGAGUUUAUAAAAACGUUCAAUUACUAAAUGCAUACUUAAUAUAUUAUAUGAAGCCAAAUGGGAUAAAGAAUAUUGAUUAUUGGAGACUAAUCAAUUGAGAUGAAAUAAAUUCGUAGUUAAAUGGUCAGUCCCACUCAGUCGUUUUGAUUAUCGCUGUGAAUACGGAUUGCGUUUGAUGAAACAACUCACGCCAUCUAGUGUCGAGUGUUGGUACAAUAAACUACCCUGAAGUUAGUUGCCAAAGAUCGCGGCAGGGGAACAAAUCUACAAUUGCCAGUCGGAGUUAUCAGCAAAGUAACUGAUGGAAAACCCAUAUGUAGUAUUAGUUUAAAUCAAAAAGCUAGAGGGCGCCUUAAAACGUCACCGCGAAUACCUAAUAAAAAAUACAAACUUUAUUAUCUAUGCCCAAUAAUAUAAAAUAGUGUUCGUUCAAUUAUCAAUACACAGCCAUAAACAACGAUGCCUCAAGAUUAGGAUUCAAUUUAAUUUAUGUAAAUUUCAAUUUAAUUUCCUUAUUUUUUGUUUUCUUAUUGAAAUUAUGAUUAAAGGAACUUGCUUUUGGCUAACAGACUAGAAAAUGGUACUCUACUCGUUUUUUUUUUAAAUUGUUAGAAACAACCUUUUUGGUAACUCUUGAAGAUUUACAAUAUAAAAAAACAGCUACCUAAGAAUUAGAUGGGAUAAAAAGUACUUAAAUAUUUGUUCUUUACUUAUUUUUAUAUAGAAGAUCUAUCGGAUAAAACUAGCAUAACGCAAAUGAAGUUUGCUUAUAAUUAAAUUACAAAUAGCUUAUCACAGAUAAUGCAUAUUAGACAGCACUAAAACUAAAAUUAUAGAUGUCUACUAAAAUUUCAUAGAUGUGUUCUAAACUAUUUGUAGUACAAGAUUAUUGAAAAUAUAUAUUGAUUAAAACAUUACAAUUAUAUGAAUUAUUCUGGCAAAAAGUACUCGAGAAAUUCGUUAUAUUGUAUUUUUUGUUGCAAACUAAAAGUUUGUAUGGUUUUUUUUUAGAAAUAUCGACGCUUUUUUUUUCUGAGUUAUCGAAUUGACGAACAAAAGAUGGCGUUAUAUUACGUACAUUGAGCGAUCAUAGCUGAGCUCCUUCCGAAGCUCUUGCUAGGGCUAGUGUUAGUAAAUUAUCCCGGGCUGAGCUCGUGAGCUCACCUACCCGUCCGCGAGAAGCUGAAAUAGACUCUAAAGCUACCAACGAAUAGGUAUAAAAAAAGAGUUGAGUCCACUACAUAUGUCUUUAUCGUAAUAAACACGAGAUUAAAUCGUAUCCUAAAUUUACGUUCACAGACUAUUUAGCGCGCGAAAAUAUAUGUUUAAAUGUCAUUGCUUUUGUUUCGUCUCGCUCUCUCCUAAACAAAGCAAAGUAAGUGAGAAGGAUAUACGUGGUGUGUAAACAAGAGAUGGUUUAGUCUGGGCGUUUCAAUUUUUAAAACGAAUUUUAGUAAAGGAACGAACCUAAAAAUUAGUGACCUUGAUUUUUGUACCACAGGGUUCUCCGCAUUCUUUGUCUUUUGGUCUGAUUGUAUGUGUCCCCGGUGCACCAGAGAAAAUCGUGUCUUGAGGCUAUUUCUAAAAAAGAAAAGGAUUUAAAUUAUUUUCUAUACUGGUCACUCUGAAAAAAUCUGUUAAAAAAAAGAAUCAAUUUAUUCCGUUAGUUCCGUAUAAAAAAAGGAAAUAAAUUAUUUUCUAUACUGGUCACCCCGAAAGGAUUCUUUUAAAAAAACCAAUUUGUUCUUUUGUUAAAUAAAAGCCAAUUUUACCUAUUUAAUGCGCCCAAGCUAUAGAUCACGGUCUUCUGACAACUGUGCGACAGAGAGGGCGAUAUCUGAAUAUUGGCACGUAGCGUAACGAAAUUGUAUAACGAAUUUACGUGUUUUAUUUAAUUCGGUGACUUUUCUAGAUUAAUUAAUAUAGAUGUAAAUUAUUUCCAAAAGAUUUCCAAAUUUCGAACCGAAGAUACUAUUAAAGCACCAAAAAGUUAUGUAAGUGUAACAAAUUUUUAUUGUUAUAAAUUUUGAUGAGUUCAAUAACAUUUUGAGAAAUUCUGCAAAAAAUACAUACAAUACAAUACAAUACAAUACGAUACAAUAGAAUUUUCAUUAAAUAAAACCCAUAUUUUAUACUGAAUAUGGAACAACCGCAUGAGCACACGACUCGGCGUGUGUGCUUUGUUUUUUGGAUUCGGGUCAAUGAUUUCAUGAUCAACAUAUUAUUAUUAUUAUGGUCCUUCUGAUUACGUGUAAGAAAUUCACAGACAAAUAAAAACUAAGAAUUAAAAAAAACAAAAAUGUAUUUCCUUUAUUUCGUAAAUAAACUACGUAGAAUGCGUUAAAAAAUCCUCACUUAACAUUAGUACACUCGCGUAGCUCAUAAAUCACUUACAUUCCUAAGAGAUGCUCACUGUAGUAUGUAAUUUUAUCGAUACUAAAAUCGAUAAAGUACCCAAUCGAUAGGUUCCAAUCUUUUAAUAAAAUAUAAGUAUACACGAUUAAAACCUGUCGAGUUCUAUCGAUUCUUGUAUCGAUUAGUCGAAAUAAAUUUCCAAAGUACUAAAAUGUAGUUGUUUAUGGUAAGCUCUUUGUGUGGUUACUGGGAAUCUUUAAUUAGGAACGCUAAGAUUGAAAAUUUUAAGAUAUAGUUCGAUAGAUUCCCUCUGUUAACAGUGUCUUUUCUGAGAUGCGUCGUUCCUAUGAGUCUCAUAUUCUGAGCCCUUGCUGGUGGCGCAGACUAAGCUAUAAAUUAGCCCUUAACAGCUGAAAUAUCGCCAUCCACGACGAGGGUGGAGUCCCAAUAAAAGAUGUAUAAUGACUUCGCCAACGUACAAUACUGGAUAUCUCUGCGCUCCAAAACUGGGUCAAUCGUAAUACAAUCUAAGUAUAAAAUUCAUAUAUAAAAUUUAGGGUAUGUAUUAGGUACAGUUAUUCAAUUUAAAUAUUCUAUGUUUUCAUUUUAUAAUACUUAUGUUAACUAAUCUUUUAAGAAUCACAGUAUAUAGUAUAAUAUAUUUUAUGAUAUUUAUAGUAUAGCAUCUAGAAUAUAUUUUCCUUUAAUUAAAAUUAUUCAAUCAGUACAGUACACCUGCUAUGUUAUUUUUUGCAUCGCCCUCGGUCGGCUGGUAGAGAAUGUCUUAGUCAUGAAGUCCGCCAGUAUACAAUAAUGUGCAUGCAGUGUGAUAAAUAAAUAAAUCAAUGAAAUAAAAACAAAAUGUGACCUAAUUUCUUAAUGUGGGUGAUCGAAUUUACUUUGUCAUGUUUAUGGGUUCCGAUGAAGCUACGCGUCUAGUGCGCUAAUAAAAUUAAAAUCCAAUAGAAAACGAUGUAACCACACAAGAGAUCAGUAUGCUUAGUGUGAGUUUUUAACGUCCUCGAUAGCGUAAAAGUUAGCUCAAGUUUGUAUGCAGUUGGAAUACGCCCCUAGCGGCAAACGUAGACAAACGAUCCAACUCCAUACAAAUUAGAGUAAAAUUUUAUGCAAAGCUCACUGUUUAUGCAAUAGUUGGCCAUAUGUUAUGUCGAUAUGUUUUGACCUGUAAUGACGAACAUACAAAAUGCGUUGAACCGACUUUUAUAAACUUACUGCGUUCAUUUUGUAAAUUGAUAGCUGUACCGUGUACUUAGUGCGAGUUUUUUAAUGAUCUCGAUAGCGUAAAAGUUAGCUCACAUUUACAUAUGGAGUUGGAACAGCGCCCCUAGCGGCAAACGUAGGCAAACGUUCCAGCUCCAUACAAAUUUGAGUUAACUUUUACGCUAUCGAAAACGUUAAAAAACUCGCACUAAGCACACAGUACGAAAACAAAGAACGUAUUAGUUUUAAGUACAUUAUUAAAAUGUUACGGUUAAUUAAGCUUUAUUAGUUGAAUUUAAUAAUGAUAGUUGAAAAAUUAGCGUAAUUAUAUUAAAAUAGAAUAAAUAGUUCUAAGAACUCUUCGAAGAUUUAAUUAUGAAUCACGGAAACUGAUUAUGUUUUAUCGAAUUUAAAGUUAAUUUAUUGAUUACCACCUCCGUGUCCUGGUGAAACUGGAAAGGCCUCCGGGCCACAGUAAUCCUUCAAUCAUAAAAAAAGUGCGAUACUUUUAAUGUUUCGAAGAUAUUGAUUUGGGAAAUUGUUAAGACAUAUUGUAAACAAUUGUAAACUAUAAUAAUGAUACCGAAUUUUUUAAACAACCGUUAAAAAAAUGAGUUGCCAUAUUAGAAAGCGAAUAUUUCACACAAAAGAUGAAGAAAAAAAAUUUAAUAUAAUAGCCUAGUUUGACAUUCUAUUAAUCUGUUUAUAUCUGUAUUAAUCAAUAAUAAAUUUACUAGUUGUUUGAAAUUUUGUUUUCUAAUGUUAACUCUAGAUGUUAGAUAAACACAGCGUUAUGUAUGAUUCAUAGAAAAAAUGCAAUUGGUAAAACAGGUAGAAAUAUUAAGUAUACAAAUAAUUGUUUUUUUUAAUAAUGUUUAUUAAGCUUUCACAUGAGUUUUGGCAAGAGAAAUAUCUAUCAUAUAAGCUUCAAGUGGUAAAUGUAGCAUUUUAUUUUUGACCGAGAACAUGUUUCUAUUGGGUAGUCAAUAACGACCAUGAAAGUGUCAUUUGGCCACUUAAGUUAUUUCUUAAACUCGGCAACUGUUUUUGCUUAAUAGACUGACAGACAGUAUUCUAUAGUUUGAAAUAUAUAUAAAUAAUAUAUAUAUAUAUAUAUAUAUAUAUUACUGUUUGGUUGUGUUCAUAUUGUUAAAGUAAUCGGUGCUCAAAGUUAUUUCGAACUUAACUGAGAAUUAUUCACGUUAUAAUCACUUAUUAUUUCGUUAUAGUAGUGACGUAAGUGGGGUGCGUAAAAGUCAAAUUAAAGUGUACCCUUUGCCUUUGUUUCGAAUUUAUUUAUUGGCAACAUUGAAUAAAAAAAGUUUACGUAAUUGACUUUAAUGUAUUGUAAUGUUAUAUUGUGUAUGUUAACUUGUUUAUUGAAUAUAACUAAGCUUUGUUCCUUUAAUAACGUUUCGAAAUUUGUAACCGCUAAUGUGAAAUAGAAUAUUUUAUUAAAUUAUAUUAAUAAUGAUUAGAAUUGUACCCUUUUGAUUUUCACGUAGUAACUCCAAAUAUUUCCAUGAUCAAACUACCCUAUGAUCGUCUGAGAAUUUUUCUACCUGGCAAUAAGAAUAUAAUCAGAAACAGCUGUUUCUGUAAAAAUAAUGUUUAUUAGGAUUUUCACUGGCAUAAUUAAAUUUUUUCCGAAAGCAUAUUACAUUCGAGUAAUGUUCACGAGCGAUCAAGUUUGCGUAUUAAGCUAGAUAUCCUAUAGGUCAUGGAGGCCAUAAUUAAGCCUUUGUAAGAUUCAAAUAAAAACAAUUGACUCUACAUUUGAUUAUUUCUUUAUUGUUACUUUGAGUACGUUCAGUCAUCGUCGAUAUCUCAAGAAAACCUAAACGGAUUGAGCCAUGUAAUGUUUUUUUUUUAAUAAAACUUUAAUUCCAUUGCGGUUUUGAAUGCAGAAAUUCAACUAAAGUUUAUGUAAUAGAUUACGCAGUAGACUGCUAUUAAAACUCAUUACAAAAGUGUAUUUGCUUUGUGUAUGUUUUAAAAAUUUUAAUCCAGCAACACUGGGUCCUGUGUCGAAAUCGGUAGUUUAAAAAUUGUAAUGUCCGUCAGUGUCAUAAUAGCUUCUGUUAUUGGAGGUGUAUUGGGACUCAAAAACGAUAAUUAAUAAAAAAAACACGAAUGAAUCAUUUAAUAAUCGUUUUGGGCGCAAUACAUUCAUUUCGUGGAAACUUGUUUGGGAUCUAUGCCUUAUCGAAUUAAUAGUAUGUGUCGUUUAUAACAAAAGUAUUAUAUUAUCAUCGGAAAUAAUUCCUCAACGUCUUCUGUAUGUACAACUCUACAUUAGAGGCAUGAGGUCGUAUAUCUACGAAGCCGACUUUUAUAAUUGAACAUUGGAUAUAUAUAUGUUUGAAAUUAUGUUGAAAAUUUUCAAUGUUACCAUUCGUCUAUGGAAACAUUUCUAAUAUUAAAUGUUCGUAAAUAGAUAUUUGUACAGUGUGAUUUCUGAACGAAAUAAUACAAAUUGUUUUUAGGAAUAAUUUAAACUGGCAACAUUAGAAUGUCACAAUUUAGAGCUGUGUUUUUACUUUUUGUGAAAACCUUGUUGUAGAAUGUAUGUAUUAUAAUUAAUAGAAUGUAUUUUAUCAACCAAAGAACACGUUAAUAAUAAAAAUUAAAUGAAACAUUUGUAAUGAUCUGGUGGCUCGCUGGUCGAUUUAGCCAGAUAGUCGGAAUCCGGUUAAUAAACUGAAUUUCAAUCACAA